AGGUGUUACUGCCAUCUAGUGGUAUACUUUUAUAUCAUCUGCAUGAUUCAGACUUGGCCAUGAAGAUUUAACAGCUUGAAUGAAAUACAGUACAUAUACUACACAUUUGUAGCAUACUAUUUUACAUAAAAUAAACACUAAAUGAAGUAUUGUAUAAUAGUAGAAGUCGUGACAGGUCUUAAAUUUAGUCUACUAUUAUUAAAAUUAGAGUUAGUAGUUUCUUUUUUUUUUUUUGUAAUCAAUUAAAACAUACAUUUUCAACAUUUUCCCAGGCAUCAUUGAACCAUGUGUUCCUCUCGAGCUGUAUGCAUCCAAACAAACAUAUACAAGGUUUUACAAAUACACAGUGUAAACCACAAUUACCUUCACCUGUGUUAGAAUUAUAUAUACAUAUAUAUAAUUUUUUUUUUUUGGUUUUGGGAAUUGUAAUAAUUUCAACAAUUCAACGUGUGUUGGCAAGACCGCAGAGCUUAGGCCUAUUGCUAAAAUUCCUUAACUACAAUGCAAGAAUACUUCUGUUAUUUGAAAAGCAUUCCUUAGAUACCAUAGGUAUAAGAAUGCAGGUAUCUUAUCAGCUAACACUUCACUAAUCUGUCUUACUCAUUCUCAUCUUAUCUCAUACAUCUCAUACUAUUUAAUAGAGGUUCUGCAGUAAACAAAAAUCUAAUAAAAUAAAGUAAAAGCUAAAACUAACAAACGUGCAUAUUGUAUUAUGUUUUCCCUGUACAGUAGCCUAUGUGUAGCCUUGUGUGCUUUAAUUUCACAAAAUAUCUCAUAUGUACAGACAAAAAUGUAAUGGAGAUACAGUUCAUUUUGAGAUAAACAUCAGUGCAGGGACAGUGGGAGUACAGCUUGGAAAGACAUCUACAAAAUAUUCAGUAUUGUCAAGGAACCUCUGUCAAUAAUAAUAAUAACAAAUUAAUAAAAUGUAAAAAAAUCUUGCAUACCUAGGCAACAGACUUAUAGGCAAAAUGAAACGCUAACACUUCUUACGGAGGGGCCUGUUUUAUAUCAUAUUUUGUAUUUGAUAAAUUGAAAUUAAAAAAUGAAAGAAAUGGGUCUGGAACAACGUGAACAAAUCUAACGGCCUACAUAAACUAAACUGCUCGUAUACUGGCCAUAGAUUAUAACGCGUUGUUAAUUUUUUAAUGUUAAUAUUGUUAAGCUUUGAAUGUUAAUUCAACCUGUCUAAAAGCCUUUUUCUAUUGUGGUUUUAUAUCUUGUAGUGUCUCAUAAUUUGUCUAUAAGCAUCAUUUGAACACAAUAAAGCUAUGAAUUAUGUAAAAAAAAUAAUAAUUCUAAUCAAAUGCGUUUAUAUAAUUCCUAAACAACGUAUUAGUGCAAUGUGUUGAGUUUAUCAAACGCGAAAGCCCUUGUCCCUCGUCGUUCCCCGUAGCUGCAGCUCUGACAGCGCACUGCGCGGGUUUACUCUUCGCGGGAGCAGGCGGCUCACAAUAACAUUGCAUUUAUUUUACAGAGGCGCGAUAUUCUUAUCAUUCAUCGGAGAAAAUGAGUUUAUGGGUUGAUAAGUACAGGCCAUCGUCUUUGGCUAAACUUGACUACCACAAGGAGCAAGCAAACCAGCUCAAAAAUCUGGUGCAGUGUGGUGAUUUUCCUCACUUGUUGGUUUAUGGACCGUCUGGUGCUGGUAAGAAAACCCGGAUCAUGUGUUUGCUCAGAGAGCUGUACGGUCCCGGGGUCGAGAAACUGAGGAUUGAACACCAGUCCAUCACGACUCCAUCUAAAAAGAAGCUUGAAAUCAACACAAUUGCCAGCAACUACCAUCUAGAGGUGAAUCCAAGUGAUGCUGGGAACAGUGACCGUGUGGUCAUUCAGGAGCUGAUCAAAACUGUUGCCCAGUCUCAGCAGAUUCAGUCCAGUGCUCAAAGGGAGUUCAAAGUCGUGCUGCUGACAGAGGUGGACCGUCUCACUAAAGACGCCCAGCAUGCCUUGCGCCGUACGAUGGAGAAGUACAUGUCCACUUGUCGACUGAUUUUGUGCUGUAACUCCACCUCAAAAGUGAUCGCCCCUAUCAGGAGCAGGUGUCUGGCUGUGAGGGUCCCCCUGCCAAGUGUGGAAGAGGUGUGCAGUGUUCUGUCAGGCGUGUGCAGGAAGGAGGGUCUGCUGCUUCCUCCUGAACUGGCCAAACAGGUCGCUGAAAAAUCUGGCCGUAACCUCCGGAAAGCCCUGCUGAUGUGUGAGGCCUGCAGAGUUCAACAAUAUCCAUUCUCUCCAGACCAGGACAUCCCUGAGACAGACUGGGAGGUUUACCUCAGAGAGACUGCUAACGCUAUAGUCAGCCAGCAGAGCCCUCAAAGACUUUUGGAGGUUCGGGCACGAUUGUAUGAACUUCUGACUCACUGCAUCCCAGCAGAAGUCAUCAUGAAGGGCCUGGUGACAGAGUUGCUAAGUAACUGUGAUGGACACCUUAAGGCUGAUGUGGCUCAGAUGGCAGCAUACUACGAGCACAGACUGCAGCUUGGCAGCAAAGCAGUCUACCACCUGGAGGCCUUUGUAGCUAAAUUUAUGGCCAUCUACAAGAAGUUUAUGGAAGAUGGACUUGACAACUUUAUGUUCUGAGCUACUGUUACCUAAAAGAAUAAGAUAUAUUAAUUAAAUGUUUCUUUUUCAUAAUAAAAGCAAUUCCAUCAAAUGUC